AUGACUUCGGCUUCUUGUAGACAGCUGCCAGGAAAGACAACAGAGGCAGCAGCAAAGUGGCUGCUGCGGCACGGCGCUGCAGCAGCAGCAAAGCCCAGCAGCAGCAAAGUACUCCAGCAACAGCAAGAGCAGCUGGGGGCUGAAAGGGCUGCAGCACUCGAGUCCCCGCGGCUAUCGCAAGAGAGCAACAGAAACCUAACCAGCAGCGGCACCAACAGCAGCAGCAGCAGCACACAUAGCAGCAUCAGCAGCAGGACCUAUGGCAGCAGCAGCAUCAGCAGCUGCUGCUGCUGCAGCAGAGGAGCUGCUGAUGCUGCUGCUGCCAUAGGUCCAGCGGCAGCGGCGAGAGCAACGCCAGGCUAG